UUCACAACAAUACGAUGUUUAGCCUUGGGGUCACCGUCAAAUAGUAGAAAUGCAUUAUACCAACUAGCGUAUGUGGUGGAAAUAGCCAAGUUCUUUGACAUCGACAGAGUCUCCAUGUAUGACCCAGUUUUCACAUCUAAGGACGUCUAUCUAUUGGAGUCAAUGAAAUAUGUGGUGGAGGAGUCAACUGAGCUGGAGCCAAAGGAGACUCUCUACUUUAUACCGCAUGCUCCUUUGGAGCUUACAAAUGUCAUUCUAAACAACGAAAAGCCGGCAUAUAUCUUGGGUAAUGACAUCGUAUCCCAUACUGAUAGAUACACCAAACAGAAGUUAUACGAUACUUAUCCCACGAUCUCAUAUCUUGUACAUUUAACUCAAAAGAGUCGAGAUAAGUCGCAUGUAGUAGAUGACAAUGAGGAUUUUGUCCCUGUGACCAAACGAAAGAAAAGAGGUAAGAAGGCUUUUCAGGAACCAACUUUGAACUACGACGGUCAGGAAUGGUACUUUAUGACGGCCACAGUAUCUCGAUUUGUGGAAAGCUUCAGAAAGAAUGAUGACUGGGGAAACUCGUUCUCUGACCUAGCCUAUCAUGUUCUUGAAUAG